GCAAGGCGUGGAGCGUUGGGAGGACUUGCCGGGGAAUCGGCCUGUCCGACAACGCAAGGCCAACCGCCGCGUGGGUCGACCACGAUUGGCACGCGAGUAGUUCAACUUCGCGGCCACGCGGUCGUCACGAGCAUUCACGCGUCGCUGACCCGCGCCGGCAGCUGUACAGUUGUCGGGAAUUGCCGGCCUCGGCGUCCUCACCAUCAUUUCGCUUACAUCAUCCCUCCUAAUUGCUACGCUCACUUCACUCGCUUCGCCGACACACGCCGCCGCCCUCAAGAUGACCGCUUCCCGACCUCCUUCACGUUCUCGCGACGUGCCCAUCUACGAUGAUGGGUAUCGAAACGAGGACGAUGAUGUCGACAUGCGCGACGCACCCCCUAAUGCGUCGCGAGGGGGAGGGAGAGUGGGCGGAAGAGGAAGAGAAGCAGGAAACUCGCGACGCGAUGAUUCGCGCCGCGGGCCCAGCUCCUACGACUUCACCGCUCGCUGCUUUGUAGGGUCCAUCGGAUGCGAGUGCUCGAUAUGCCGUCGGCAUAGAGAUCACGUCGUCGACGAAGGACUACGCAAUAACCCGUCGGUCGAGAAGGCUAAGCGCGAACUGGCCGAGCAAAUGGCCGCCCGACGUGACCAACAAGAACUCGACGCUCUCCGACGGCAACUGGACACCGCGAACGCACGGGCAUCAGCUCGAGAAGAGGAGGUUCGCAAUCUUCAACGCCAGCUCGAGGACAGUCGCAGGAAUGAGGAGAGGGCACGGCGCGAACUCGACCGAGUACGCACCGUCCCCGACCAACCGCCAGCGCCGUCCUUCGGGUACAGUCGCGGUGCGCGGUAUCGCGAUGAGCCCUACUGGGACUAUCGCGACCGCGAUCGCCGCGACCGUUCUCCUCCCCGACGACGAUCACCGCCGCCGCGCAAACGCGGUCUCUCCGACGAAUGGAGGGCGGCAAGCGCGCCAUAUGAGCCCCCGCGCCAACUCCUCCGCGACGAUCGGUACGAUGGCAGUCGGCGGGAGCCCCGCGACAACCACUCACGAUCGGAGCGACGCGAGCCGCAGCGCCAAGGGCCUGAGCGCCAUCCAGCCCCCUCCACGAGCGCCAGUGUUCAGGCGUCAACCAGCGCUGCGAGCUCCAAGGGCAAGCAGCGCGAGGUCGAACCUGAGCCGACGCCCGUCGCAUCAACCUCCGCCGUCACCCUUCCGCCCGCACCGGCGGACUUCCUGGGAUGGGGGGAGUACUCUGCUACUCCCGGACCCACAACUCAGGGUGUCCCCGAUGAUCAGGCGUCCGAUAACGGCUCCGACAUCAGCAACGCCUCUGACGAGCCGCCCAUGAACGCCGCCGCCCUCGCGGCAAUGCAUCAAGCCCGUGCUCGUCGAGGAGUGGGGGAGCCGCAGAUUCGGUCGCCGCACGCACCGGUGGCUGAUGAUGUGGCUUCCUUCCUUCGAGACCGCAUCCACCUCAUCGAGCGCCUCCUCCUGCGCUUCCAACCUCAUGCGAACGGAGUCAACCCGGUGCAGUGGGUCUUCAAUGAUCUCACCGCCCGGGGUGAGAACGCGAACAUGAUCAAGAAGAAGAACAGGACCCCCUACCAGCGCGCCAUUGCCGACUUCGUCGUGUUGCCCCGCGCUCCUGGCGUGCGCUCGAAGGGCCACCGCCGCGCGCCAGACGACGACGAUGGACUUGGCCUGCACCUUGCAUACGCCCUCCAAGAGUCGAUGGUCCAGCCCCGCGGCAUCUUAGUCUUCAACGUCCCCGACCACAACAACCGCCGCGGAGUCGCCGUGUCGCAAGUGCGGACGCGCAUCACCCUGCGAAGGAUGUUGCCGCUGCACAGCGACAUGUACUCCAACGCCGCCGCCGACGACCACUUCAACUUCAUCACCGAGAUGGCUAUGGCCAUUGCGCGCAUCGUAACGGAGUCCCCCACUCCGGGUGCUGGCACGCCGGGGUACAGGUCGUACCAGGACCACCUAGGCCUUUCGGGGCAGGCGGACCGGACACCUCGUAUCCUGCGACGCUGGGAACGCCUGGAGGGCGCGGAUGGACCCGUCUCGCCUGAGCGUGUCGUGAGGUUCUUCACGGCAGUCGGCAUCUCGUCGGCCGAGUUCAAUGACAUGCUACCCUUCGUGGUGCAGCUGUUGUGGGACAACGUGGUAUACGGCGUAGACGACACCGGCGACUCCAUGACGCUGUACCAGAGGCUGCGCGACCUGAUCGUGGCAGCCAAUGGUCGGUGGCCUAUUGGACUACCGGGACCAACCAUCUUCUCGCAGGUACCUGGAGAUCUCAGUGUGUCGUAUGCAUGGCCUCGUCUGCCUGGGCACGGGCAGCCCCUCCUCGUCCACACCGGUCCGAGUACGGGAACGGGAAGCUUCUUAGCUGACCCGAACUUCUACUCGAGCCGGCAGCCAACGCUGGACGAGUACCGACAGUUCGGCCAACCCAACGGCAUUCCCAUCGCGCCGUGGCCGCGCGUCGGAUUGGCCGCCGAGGACGAGGACGCGGAGAUGGCGGAGGCGAACGAUGCGCCAACUGAGGCCGUACCCGGUCCCUCCAUCGAGACAGGCGCGGCUUCAAUCGCGUCCGCCCAGGUCGAGCUUUCAGCUCCCGGGCCGUCGCAAGCGCCACCUACCGCCCUGGAGGACGUGGAGAUGGAGGAUCGCAAGCUCGACGACGUCAAGACGGACCAGGACAGCGCCGACAAGAGCGAUCGCGCGAAGGGGAAGCAGAAAGACCCCAACCCCUAGGCUACUCGGUCGAGUGUGGCACAAGGGUGGGGUUCUGCUCUCUUACCUUUGUUCUCGUACCCGCAGGUGCUCGGUCGAGUGCACCGGCAGGUACGGGGCCGCGUCGUGGUGCUGAACGUCUUUGUCGUUCCGAGGGGGAGGGUGUAAUGGGGCAUGGACUUAUACGGACUUGUGGGCGCCCGUGGGCGCAUGGACAUCACGUGGGCACGUGGCCCGGCUUUAUAUUACUUCUUGACACAUAUCUUGAUCAGCUCUUUUCUUACCCUGUACUCCUACGUAUCUUGCUAAUCGCGUAUAAGCGGUUCGGUUCA